AUGCUUACUGGUAAUGCUUUGGCUGCCGUACUGGCAUUACUAGCAGUUCAAUCGUGUGUUGUUGAGGCUUCUACCGGGGAUGACCUCGAAGAGUAUCAAGAUUGUUGGAAGCUAUGUGACAUUGUCACGUGUAAUAAUAGAGCUAGUUAUCCGGAUGUAGAGGAUCCUAUGUUCGAGUUGAUGAUGAAAGAUCAGCAAAAGACAGGUAGAUUUGAGGAGAUGCCUAUGGCCUGGAAUCUUCGGUUCUUAGGCUGGAAAUGCUAUGAUAACUGCGACUAUCAGUGUCAAAGAAUGGUCACACAGGACAGGCAAGCUAAGGGAAAAGAAGUGGUUCAGUUCCAUGGGAAAUGGCCUUUUAUCAGGGCUUUUGGAAUGCAAGAGUUGUUCAGUACUUUAUUCAGUAUCGGCAAUUUUUUCCCGCAUUACUGGGGUUUCGAGACUAUGUGGAGGCAUUACCAGAAAGAAAUGGGUAUGCACGGUGAUGUAGAGGCUGCUCAUGCAUACUGGGCAUAUUUAAUAGUUGGUUUAGUGGCUUCUUGUGCCUGGGUAUCUUCUGCACUUUUUCAUUUGAAGGAUACUUGGACACGUGAGCAGUUGGAUUAUUAUUUUGCUGGUAUGACUGUUGUCUCGGCUCUUUACGCAGUUGGUAUGAGAUAUUUUCACUUGUAUCUAACAAAAAAUGAUUCCAAAAGGAUUAUAUUUGGUGCCGUUGUCAUACUAAUCUACUUGGGGCAUGUGACACGAUUAGUUUGUGAUUGGUCAUACACUUACAAUAUGCGGGCCAAUGUGACAUUGGGUUUGUUAGAAGACGUUCUCUGGGUAGCCCAUGCUCUUACUACAUUCAGAGAGCAAAGGGUUUCCAAAAGUUUGCUGAAGGAUCUUAAAAAUCCAAAGGUUAAUUGGACUCUCAUUCCAAUUGUUUUAGUUAUUAGCGUCUCGAUGGGUAUGACGUUCGAGCUUUUUGAUUUUCCUCCUAUGUUCGAUCUGUUAGAUGCACAUGCGAUGUGGCACCUCUGCACCAUUUGGCCAGCAAUAUAUUGGUAUCCGUAUAUGGUGAGAGAUGUUGAAUCAGGAGUUAAGGAAAAGAAGUUUGAGUAG